GUGCUGUUUUUGUUCUGGUCUCAGCCAGGAACCAUAGAGCAGGCAGUCAAUGAUAUCCGCACGGUUGCUUUGCCUUCAGAAGACGGAGAGGUUCUUAGCGUGUGGCUGCUAGCUGAAAUCGAUCACUGGAACAAUGAAAAAGAGAGACUGGUUCUUAUAACUGAGAGGUCUUUGUUGGUGUGCAAAUAUGACUUCAUAAACCUCCAGUGUCAGCAGGUCAUCAGAAUUUCCCUGAACGCUGUGGACACGAUCUCAGUCGGCGAGUUUGAGUUUCCCCCAAAAUCCCUCAACAAGAGAGAGGGAACCGGUAUCCGUGUCCAGUGGGACAAGCAGCCAAAACCUUCGUUCAUGAACCGCUGGAACCCCUGGUCCACUGACAUACCCUACGCCACCUUCACCAAACACCCCAUGGCACACGCCGAUGAAAAGGUGGCCUCCCUCUGCCAGGUACCAGCUGCGUUCUCGCUCUCUCGGACAGAAUUGGGAACAUUUAUAUAUCUUUUUACUUUUUGCAUCAACCACAGGGACACAAUGAAAAUUAGCCAUCUUGGCCAAAUCUGGCACAUCUUAUAUUGAGUCUGUGUGUUAUUAAUGUGUAUUGUCCAUGAUUGAAUAAAUAAGUGAAUAAUGACUGGAUGAAUGCACACACAACUUGGUUUACAGAAAAAAAAAACACUCAAAAAAAAAAAAGUCUGAAUUUAGACUGCCGGUUACGCUUUUUCACAUUCGGCAUAAUUUCC